AUGCAUGACGAAGGUACGGGAGCCUCGUAUGAGGAGUACUGGAAGGUUAUCAUAUCCAUGAACCCAGACCAAGAAACAAAAUGGAAAUGCAAACGAAUCAUGGAAAGACCUGAUACCAACCUCAAAGAGGACAUAGUCGCAUGCAUCAUUGAGGCUAUGAAGACCAUCCAAAGCUAUGCCCAGGAGCUACCACACGCCAUGCUGGAUCGGAAGGCCAUUGUCUUCUCCCGUGUCCGUGCUCUUCAAGCCCUGCUCACUACUCUGAUGGAUGCUGGUAUUGAUGGCCGUCCUGCUUCGCCCGGACAAGAUGUGCUUAAGAUGUUGGAAGAAAAUCAUCGUGAUAUUUCUAGGCGGCUGCUCAAGGUGAUCUGUCAGUUAUACGGGGAAUCUCAAGGCGAAGCGCUAUUGGAGUUAGAUGGAGCCAAUGCAUAA